AUGGCCAACCUUCUUCUCCGCGAGCGUGGAGGCUUCACUUUACUCGACGCGUCUCUUACAUCCACCCCGGUCCCGGCAAUGACUGUCGGGGAGAACUGGGUCCAGCGGCUUCUUCAUCGGCAUCCCCAUCUGAACACGAAGUAUUCUAGGAAGUACCACUAUCAACAAGCCUUAUGCGAAGACCCAGAGAAGAUUUCAGCGUGGUUUGCACGGGUGCAAAAGACCAUCAACGAGUACGGAGUCCUCGACGUGGAUAUCUACAACUUUGACGAGACCGGCUUCCAGAUGGGUGUUGCAAGUACAUCCUAA